AUGGAUGCAAACGAGACAGAAAAGAAGAAAAAAAAACACAGUGAGCAGACAGACACAGACAGGAAAGAAAAGUUCGACACCGGGUUAGAGACAACAGGAGAGCCAGGAGCCACUGAGACAGAGAUAUUUGGAGAAAGAGAGAGAGUGGGGGCAGACGGGGGGGUAGAAAGAGAGAGAGAGAGAGAAGAGGAGGGGGGGAGUAAUCAAGGAGAAUCAGGACGUUUCCUCUGUAAUACCCACAGGCCUCCUCGGCUGAGCCCUGCUGCACAAUCCUCGCUGAUUGGAGCGAAGGGUUUGUUUGAAGAGGAGGUCAAGACCAUCAGUACCUUGUUAAGGAAAAGUUGUGUCCAGAGGAAUGAAGGAGGCUGA